AUGAUGUUCGAGCAGUUGGUCGUAUGGCAUAGCGGCUUCGUCGGAUUUCUUGGCUAUAAGUUCUUCAAGGACUUUGUUCUGGUCCACGAGGAUCAGGUCCUGCUAUUUGACACGCUCAGUAAGCUCUUCAACCUUCAUCAGAACACCCGCGUGCUCGCGUCCCAUGCGUUCGAGCUAUUCGAGCAACCUACUGCUUGCCAGCAGAUAAGCCUCGACAAUGCCUCAUGUUCAUCAACUCAACCAAGCUUGUCAUAA